AUGGCGGCCAGCGCGAAGCGGAAGCAGGAGGAGAAGCACCUGAAGAUGCUGCGGGACAUGACCGGCAUCCCGCACAACCGAAAGUGCUUCGACUGCGACCAGCGCGGCCCCACUUACGUGAACAUGACGGUCGGCUCCUUCGUCCGCACCUCCUGCUCAGGCAGCCUGCCGGGUUUAAAUCCACCACACAGGGUGAAAUCUAUCUCCAUGACAACAUUCACACAACAGGAAAUUGAAUUCCGGCAAAAUCAUGGAAAUGAGGUCUGUAAACAGAUUUGGCUAGGAUUAUUUGAUGAUAGCUCUUCAGCAAUUCCAGACUUCAGGGAUCCACAAAAAGUGAAAGAAUUUCUACGAAAAUAUGAAAAGAAAAGAUGGUAUGUUCCACCAGAACAAGCCAAAGUGGUAGCAUCAGUUCAUGCAUCUAUUUCAAGGUCCUCUGCCAGUAGUACAAGCAGCACACCUGAGGUCAAACCACUGAAAUCUCUUUUAGGAGAUUCAGCACCAGCACUGCACUUAAAUAAGGGCACACCUAGUCAGUCUCCUGUUGUAGGUCGCUCUCAAGGGCAGCAGCAGGAAAAGAAGCAGUUUGACCUUUUGAGUGAUCUUGGCUCACGUAUCUUUGCUGUCCCAGCUCCUCAGUCAACAGUGACAGCCAGUUUUGCUAAUUUUGCACAUUUCAACAGUCAUGCAGCUCAGAAUUCUGCAAAUGCAGAUUUUGAAAACUUUGAUGCAUUUGGACAGUCUAGUGGUUGGAGUAAUUUUGGAGGUUUCCCCACAGCAAGUCGCUCUCCUUUUCAGUCCCAAACUACAGGUGGAAGUGCUGGAUCAGUAAAUGCUAAUUUUGCUCAUUUCGAUAACUUCCCCAAAUCCUCCAGUGCUGAUUUUGGAAGCUUCAGUUCUUCCCAGAGUCAUCAAACAGCAUCAGCUGUUAGUAAAGUUUCAACAAAUAAAGCUGGUCUACAGAUGGCAGACAAAUAUGCAGCACUUGCAAAUUUAGACAAUAUCUUCAGCGCUGGACAAGGUGGUGAUCAGGGGAGUGGUUUUGGGACCACAGGUAAAGCUCCUGCUGGUUCCAUGGUUUCAGUUCCCAGUCAGUCAAGCGCAUCUUCAUGCAAGUAUGCAGCCCUGGCAGAACUAGGCAGUGUUUUCAGUUCUGCAGCUACUUCCAAUAAUGUGUAUACUUCCACAAGUAAUGCUAGCAGCAAUGUUUUUGGAACAGUGCCAGUGGGUGCCUCUGCACAGACACAGCCUGCUUCUUCAAAUGUACCUGCUCCAUUUGGAGCUACACCUUCCACAAAUCCAUUUGUUGUUGCUGCUGGUCCUCCUGUGGCAUCUUCUAUAAAUCCAUUUCAGACCAAUACCAGAGGAGCAACAGCGGCAAUCUUUGGCACUGCAUCCAUGAGCAUGCCUGCGGGAUUUGGUACCCCUCCUCCUUAUAGUCUUCCCGCCAGCUUUAGUGGCAGCUUCCAGCAGCCUGCUUUUCCAGCUCAAGUAGCCUUCUCUCAACAGACAGCUUUUUUUCAACAGCCCAAUGGUGCAGGUUUUGCAGCAUUUGGACAAACAAAGCCAGUGGUAACCCCUUUUGGUCAAGUUGCAGCUGCUGGAGUAUGUAGUAACCCUUUUAUGACUGCUGCACCAACAGGACAAUUUCCAACAGGAAGCUCAUCAACCAAUCCUUUCUUAUAGCCUUAUAUAGACACUUUACUGGAACGAACUUUUAUGUGGUCACAUUACAUCUCUCCGCCUCUUGCACUGUUGUCUUGUUUCACUGAUCGUAGCUUUAAAC